AUGGCAGAGAAUGCUCCAGUAACCAGCAGCGGUAGUAAAGUUACGUUUAAAAUUACGCUCACCAGUGAUCCUAAGCUCCCAUUCAAAGUCCUUUCGGUACCUGAAUCAACGCCAUUCACUGCUGUGUUGAAGUUUGCUGCUGAAGAAUUCAAGGUACCAGCAGCAACUUCUGCUAUUAUAACCAAUGAUGGGAUAGGCAAGAACAACAUGCAGUUGAGCGCAGGACAGAAGCAUUUCAUCGGUAAAGCUGUGGAUGUAUCAACAUUUGCCAUCCAAUGGGGUUUUGUUCCAUUCGUUGUAUAUCUCGGAUUCAGAAAAGGUCCGGAACCACUUCCUAACGGACAGGUUGUUCCUUUUACGCUACUCAGCUUGUUAUGGGGCUAG